UUCUAAAGUAGCUCAAACUGUUUAGCCACACUUUGGCACGGUAUCACAAAGCGAUAGGAUCAAGUUUAAUUUUUUAAUCCUGAAAAUAAACAAACAUAAAUACAAUUAAUUUACUUAAAUAAAUUAUUUUUAAUAAAUUGUCUUUGAUAUUUGGGUUUGUUUUAUGGUUUUUUUUUUUAAAUAAAUUGAGCCCAAAUUUUGGAGAUUGAUGAGUGGUUUUAAUUCAACCAAGUCAUAUUUGAUAUUGAGAAAAAAAAAAAUUAUUAGCUAUACUCAGUGAUUGAACUUUAUACUAGUAAAAAAAAAUAUAUUAUUUGAUUAUUUUAUUUGAUAUACCGGUGAAGUGUUGGUGAUAGAGAUAAAUAAAUUUUAAAUAAAAAAAAAAAUUAUAAAAUGAAGGAUAUAAUGUCAAUUUGGAGUAGAUUAGCAGGUCGUAGUUAUUCAUCAGUGAGCACAAAUCCACAACCAAGUGGUAAUGAGUCUGAUGAUUAUUCAGAUAAUGAUCCAAGAAGUCUUCAAACAAAAUCAACAAUUGUUGUUAAUAAAUUUUUCAAUAAAGCACUUCCAGUUUAUUCAGAUGGACGAAGAAAAUGGCCAAAGAGUAUUUUUAUGCUAAUGACACUUGGAUUAUUGGGCAUAGCAUUUGGAUGUUUUAUAAUGGUUGUACAACCUUAUGAGCUAAUAUUUAAAUUUAAAGUAACAUUUUCAAAAGGAGGUGAAAUAUUUGAAAUGUGGAGAAAACCACAAGUUGAAUUAUUUUUAAAAGUUUAUCUUUUUAAUGUUACAAAUCAUGAAGAGUACAUGUCGGGUAAAGCUGAUAAGUUACAUUUCAAACAAGUUGGACCAUAUGUUUACAAAGAAGGACUUGAACAUGCAAAUAUUACAUUCAAUGAUAAUGGCACUGUGACAGCAAUACCAAAACAUCCAUUGACAUAUAUUGCUGAAAAAAGUGCUGGUGCUGAGGAUGAUAUAUUAUUUUUACCAAAUAUUGCUUUACUGAGUAUUGCUAAUGUCAUGAAAGAUGCAAGUUAUUUUACAAGAUGGCCUCUCAAUCUAUUGAUAAAACAAACAAAUGCACGUCCAAUUGUAAAAAUGACUGCAAAAGAAUUUAUGUUUGGAUAUGAAUCAGCACUUGUUACAUUGGGUAACAAUGUCAUGCCAUCUUGGAUUAAAUUUGAUAAACUUGGACUAAUUGAUAGGAUGUAUGAUUUUGAGGGUGAUUUUGAGACAGUAUAUACUGGUGAAACUGAUGUACGUCUUACUGGUCUUAUUGAUAAAUAUAAUGGUGAUAGUAAUUUACCUCAAUGGACUGGUAAAUGUGCAAAUGUUGCUGGUGCAAGUGAUGGAACUAAAUUUCCAAGUUACAUUGAACCAAAUGAUACAUUACUUUUUUUUCGAAAAAGUCUUUGUCGUAGUGCAAGAAUGGUACGUACUGGUGAUGCAGUUGUAAAAGGUCUUCAUUCAUAUCGAUAUAAAUUUAUGGAUGAUGAAUUAGAUAAUGGAGUUAAUAAUACUGAAAAUAAAUGUUUCUGUCGUCAUGGAAGAUGUCUUCCAGCUGGUAUGAUUGAUGUCACUGACUGUUACUACGGUUUUCCAAUUGCAUUGACAUUUCCUCAUUUUUACAAAGCUGAUCCAUCAUUGUUAAAUGCUGUUGUUGGCUUAGAACCACGUCAAGAUCUUCAUGAAUCUUAUUUUAUUAUUCAACCAAAAUCAGGUCUACCAGUUGAUAUUGCAUUUAGAUUUCAAAUAAAUAUGGCACUUCAAGAUAUCAAAGCAAUAUCAAAUACUGAUGGUUUUUCAAAUAUGGUACUUCCACUUUUGUGGUUUGAAAUUGGUAUGUACGAGUUACCAGAGAGUAUGAACAAUCGUUUUCUUCUUUAUCUAAAUAUUGCACCAGUUGCUCAAGACAUUGCAAUAUAUGGUUUAUUUUUCGGUGGUGCAAUAUUUCUCAUAUGGAGUGUAUUUAAAAUACUACUUUAUAGACCACAAGGUGCAAAAUCAACACCAGCAAAAUGGAUUGAAACUGAAUUACAAAAAAAGAGACUUAAUUUUUUGAAUGACAAACGUUCAUCAUUCAGGGGCAAACAAAUGGAUACAUAUUAUAAUUCAUUACUUGAACCAAAAGAAGAAUCAACACCAAUGACUGCAAUGGAUAAUUCAGAAUGUUUCAAAGAAGAUCUUGUGUAAUUUAUUAUAUUUAAAAUACAUUUUCAUUCAAUACCAAACUUUAAAAAAAUAACGAACUUAAAAAACAUCAUUUAAAUAAUCGUGAUAAUAAAAAAAAAAAUAUAAAUUAUUGCUGGAUCAUGUAAAUCAUCAUUUUAAAAUGCAACAUAGUUUUUUUAGUUUUUUUUAUUUUUUAUUUUCGAUGAGAGAAAAAAAAAACCCAACAAACGUCUCAAUUUGAAAAAAAAUUUUUACUACAUUUUUAUAGUUAACUGGACAUUUUUUUUAUUUUUCUACUCGAAAAAAAAAUGCAUAUAAUUUUUUUUAAAUGAAUAUAAAUCGUUAAAUCUGAGAAACAAGUAUUACAUUGCAGAAAAUUUUUCAUCCAGCAAAACUGCUAGAUUUUAAAAUAUUAAACAAUUUUUUUUUUCGUUUUUUUUUUUUUUUUUUUGUUAUAUUGUUUAAUGAUAUCAAAACAGUAUUUUAUUACUAGACCAUCCGAGUAUGCGGAUUAAAAACAACAAAAAAAAAAAAAAAACACAUUAAAUGAAAAAAAAAAAAAUUGUUGUAUGAACGUGAGAUCAUUUUUGCCUGACAAGUUUUUUUUGUCAGAUAAAAAUUUUUGUAAAUAUUGUAAAUAUAAAUAUUGAAAAAAUGAACGCAAGUUAAAAUAAAUUAGUUUAUAAUAAAUUAAUAACUAACAAGUUUAAUAUAAAAUGAGCAAAAAAAAAUUUUUUUUUAAAUAAUAAUAAUAGAUUGAAUAGCACGAGCAGUAAACUCAACUAUAAAAUUUAAAAAAAAAAAUGUAUUUGCACUGAGAAUAAAUCUUGGCGUAAAUUAAAGUUAAUUGUUAUUAAAAAAAUUAUUAAUAAUAAAAUAUCUUGACACAGUCGAUCAUUUUGACACGAAUUAAAAUUAAAAAAAAAUUAUUUUAUUUAAUAAUAAAUAUUUCAAACACAAUAAGUUGCUUUUCUUUUUUUUUUUUUUAAAAUAAUUUAUAAAUAUUUAAUAAUAAUAAUAAUAAUCAAAAUAUUAUCAUUGAAUCAUGUUGAUUUUUUCAUCCAUAUAUUUAUGGCUUAUCUAUUUAAUUAUAAUUAAUAAACUUGGUGAUAUUUUAAUAGAUAAUUUUGCUAUUAUCAUAGAACAAGUUUUACGCAAUUUAAAUAAUGUCUUAGAGAACUAGUUUUUUUUUUUUAUAAUAUCAGUAAUGUUUUUAACAGAAUGUUGAAUGCUGAUAUUUUUUUUCAUAUUUCAAAAUUAAUAUUAUUAUUGUUUUGGAUUUUGUUAGUGAAUGAUUAUUAUGAUAUUUUAUGUACAUUAUAUAUAUACAUAAUUAUAUGGUUCCUUGGAAACAUUGCUCAAUAAAUAAUUUUUUUAUAUAAAAAAAAAAAGUGAAGUUGAAUUAAAAAUUAUUUGUGUGAUGGGUCUUGAUUAUUCAUCCUUGUGUUUUUGUAAUUUAUUUAUUGUUUGUUGUUGUUGUUGUCGUCGUCGUUAUUGAGUAGAAAUAUUGUCGUAGAAAUGAUUGGUGACAAAUAGUUCUUUAGAUUGUGUUGAACAAUUUAAGAGCGAUUAUAAAAAAAAGUAUAUAGCUGUUGUGAAUUAGAUGACAAUUACUAGAAAAGUAAUCUCGUAAAAAAUUAAAUGAAAUAAUCAAAAACAAGCGAAAAUAAAUAUGUAAACAUAAUUUCACAUUAAAAUAACAAAAAAAUAAUAAAAAUAAUACAAAAAUCAACAUGUAAGACUCAAAAUAAAUAAAAAGUAUUGUGAAAAAUUAAAAAAGUAAAAACAUCACAGCUCGAUUGAUGUUUACCAGUUAAUAAUAAAUUUAUAAAAUUUAUACUUUUUAAUAAAAAAAGGCCAUAAAUAAAUUAAGCAGAAAUAAAUUAAAUUCGAGUAUUGACAGGUAUCAAUCAUUAUUUUAUUCAGCAUUGUAAAAGUUUGCUCAUAAACAAAACGACCUGUGAUUGCCUGGCAAUAUGGUCAAUUAAAUAAAAUUAUUUAUUCUAUUACAAUUAUUAAUUUUUUUUCAUUAUACAAUUACACUUACGUCAAUCGACAGAUUUUAAUUUAAUCUAAUAAUUGCGUUGUAUGUCAAUUUUAUGACAAAUGCACUUGUAUUGAUGUUAUAAAUUGAAAAUUGGUUCAUUUAUAUAAAUCUAUUCAGUUUUUUUUUUUUUUUAAUUUAAAUAUAUCGAUCAAUUUGUUUUUGUAGUUUUGAUUCGUUUAAAGAUUAAAUAUUUUUAAUCUUUGUGCGUUCACAACAACAAUCUAAACCAAUGUGUCAAAUUAAUUUUCAAUUAUUCAAAAGAAAAAAAAAAUAUUUAUAUAUUUUAAAGCUGAAAUAAUGAUCAUUAAUUUUUCUACUUAUUUUGUUUUUUGUUUUAAAAAUCUGAAUUGUUUUUUUGCAAAAUUCAUUACAAUUAGCAAAAUAUUAUUAUUACUAUUUUUUUAAUGUUUUUUUUUAUACUGUCAAUGAUUUAAAACUAUCGAAUAAACAAUCAAAAUAAUAUUGACUGAAUUUAAAUUUUAAAAUAAAAUUUAUUAUUUUAUACUGAUGUGAAUUGUCUUUGUUUAUGAAUUUUAUAUUAAAAAAAAAAAAAAAAGAAUACUCAAGCUAGUAUUAAUUUGACAAUUUGAUUACAAUAUUAUUUAAUUUUUUUGACACUUUCAUUUUGAUGAAAUUAAUAAAUGUUCCUCUAUAAAGAACACACUUGACAUUAAAUUUAUUAUCAAACAAUGAAAUAAUGAUUAUUAUUUUUUUUUAUUUUUUGUACUUUUAACAGUAUUUUUAUAUAUUUUUUUUGUUUUUGUUAAUUUUUUUUAUUAUUUUUUCCAUGAGGCUAGUUAGCAAAGUCAAUAAUUUGAAAAACAAUUAGUCAGAUAAAUAGUUAAUUUUUAAUUUUCAAAGAAUAUGAAAUGUAUUUAUUUUACAAAUCAUAAACUAUUAAAUAUUUAUUACUGUAAGUUGAUUUUAAAGAAUUCAUUUUUGUCGUUUAAUAGUAAAUAAUAUAAUAAUAGAAUAAAAAUUACGACAAAUUACAUGAAAAUGUAAAUAAUAUCUUGUGACUAGCACAAAUGGAUUAUCCUUUGAAAUACAAUACAAUUAUUUUUUUUCUUUGAUAUUAUUUUAUUCGUUCCAUGAUUGAAAUAUUUUUUUAUACAUUCACACUAUCAUUAUUAUGACUGAUAAUAUAUUUCAACUAAUAAAUAAACACACAUAAAUACAUUCGAAAGAAAAUUGACUAUAAAUAAUAAAGAAAAGAAAAAUUUAAUAUAUUAGAAUUUAUUUUUUUGUUUUUUUUUUUUUCUUGUCAUAUCAGUUCAUAAUUUUAUUUUUUAAAUUAAAAAAAAAAAAGUUAUGAUAGUGUGAACAUAUCGUCCUUAUUUUUAAGGACAAAAUCUAGGCCAGCCAUUUAAACUUUUUCCUCAAAUCUCUCGUGUUUAUUAUUUAUCAUUCGUUGAAUCGUCGCAAUGUUAAAAAAAAAAAAAAAAUGCAACACGAGUUGAUUGCCUAAUCGAUUAAUAUCGACAACGUAUUUACAUAAAAACUUUAUUUUUUUUUUCUUUUUUUAUUUGAAUGAAGACAAUGUGCCAAUUGUUCCCGAAUGAUAUUAUUAAAUCACGAAUUAUUAAAUUCAUUAGCUAGUUGAAUUAUUAAUUAAAAAAAUUGUACGGAACAAAUUGCACUUUUCUUCACUCA